AAAAAAUGAGAGAUUUCCAAUCUUUGGAGCUAAAUCCAACAAUUUUCCCUAAUAAACUAGCUAAUUGAGUUUAUCAAUAGCUCACCAAAAUCUACUCAAAAAGAAAAAGUCAAUGUCCUCUCACCCAUCCCUGGGACUGGAAAAGCUCCAUUCCUUCUCCACGUGUCCCUUGUAUGUUUCCAGGGGCGGAACUUCCGAACACCUGUCAUCAAAGCCUAGUCUUUCUCGUUACCUUUUAACACUGCAACCCAUUCCACUCUCUCGCAAAUAUUCCUCUUCCCCUAAACCCUUUGAGCUCUCAACCAUGGCUGAGCGUAAUCCUAGCCAGCAGAGAGCCCCAGGACCUAACCCCACCGCCACUACCUCUACUUUCUUACGGAAAAUCCAAGCUCAGGCACCAAACUCCACCCAACUUCUCGGCUUCUUGACCCUCUUUAUUUCUGCCUCAAUUCUCCUAAUACUCACUGGCAUCACAGUUACUGCCACCAUUCUUGGCUUCAUCUUUUUUAUGCCAUUGAUCCUCAUUUCCAUCCCCUUAUGGUUCCCAGUAGGCACCGUGCUCUUUGUAACCACAGCUGGGUUCUUGUCAGCAUGCGGCUUCGGAGUGAUGGUCGCGGCAGGGUUAUCUUGGAUGUACCGCUACUUAAGGGGAAUGCACCCACCUGGAUCAGACAGAGUUGAUUAUGCACGAAGCCGUAUUUUUGACACAGCCAGCCAUGUCAAGGACUAUGCGAUGGAAUAUGGUGGUUACUUGCAAAGCAAGGUAAAGGAUGCAGCUCCUGGUGCAUGAGCAAUGAAUGUCAUCGGAUCGAAUUUAGGGCUGAUCCAGAUAUAGCUACCGUCUUUUUUUUUUUUUUUUUAAAUUUGUGAUGAUGGUAAUUUUGAGUGUUUAAGUUAACAAGAAGACCUUCUUUCCGCCAAUAUGGGUUUUUUGUGUGUGUGUGUGUUCCUGAUUUCAUUUGAAAUUUUGAUGGAUAAAAUCUU